GUAUGCCUACUUCCUUGAGAUCACACACCUGCGUAACCAGCUCUACAUCAAGCACCAAGAGGGUGAUGAGAAUUUUGAGCCCGUUGAAGCUUACUUUUUUGACCCGACCGAGUAUCUGGAGGAGGAGUUGCGACAGCAGUUAAAUGACAAGAUCACGCUUAGUGUGAAGGUCUACAGUGACAAGCUGAGAAUCUGCCAGCGGCGGAUUGCAGAUUUGGAGCUGCAGCUUGAGACUGUUGAGGCUCUGAGCCGCAGUCGAGAAGAUGACAGCGCGGACAACUGCAUUCAGUUUGCGUGCAACAAGCACGGCUCCCAGAACGUCAUAGACUCCCUGGCCAGACUGGCGGACAAGGAGAUGAUCGAAUGGGCUAAGACUGUCGUCAAAUUGCAGACUUCCCCAGCUGCCGACGAGUCGCCUGUGCAACAUCAAGCAUCGGCCAAAAACGUGGAGGCGCUUCGCCAGGCUCUGAUGCAGGCUGGCACCGAGCUCGAGGAAGAGCGAGCGUUACGGAAGAAAGCCGAGGAGGAGAUUGCCGCACUGCAGCGCGAGGCGCAGAAUCUCCGCGAUGCCGCCGAGGCCCAGGCUCGGCGCAGUGACUCGAUGGCAGAGGAGCUGCGAGCCAACUCGAAGCCGAAAUUUCAAGCGGCCAAAAGCCGCGUUUUCGAUGACGCGGAGGAGAUGGACGAGCUCCGAAAGCAGGUCGCCAAGCUGAAGCUCCAAUUGGAGAAAGAGCGCUUGCGAGCUGCUGAGCCACCUGUCGAAGCCAAAGCCAAGCUCGACGACUACGAUGAAGCGCAAGCCAUCCUGCAGGAAGCGCACGUGGCUGCAGGCAAUGAGCCACCACCAGAGGACACGACGCUGAGCGACAGUGCUGUACAGAUCCGGCAGGUGUUGCGAAAGAGGACGCAAGAGUUGGAGAAUCUCCGCGGCGCCUCGAAGGAAGCAUCGAGACAGUCCAGCAAGAAACGGCUGCCGGGCGAUGGCGAGGAAGAGGACGAGGACCCAGAGGAACGGGCGGCAGAGUUUGAAGCUGCCGUGGAUGCAGAAAUCGCACGCCGAGCUGCCAGCAAAGCAACAGUGUCUGGCACUGGCUGCGAAUGCGAGGUGCAAACCAACAUCACGGCCGCGGGUGAUAGCUUCUACUUCCUGGAAGCUCCUGAAACAGAGCUCGAGGCUGCCAUCCGGGCGGAGCUCGAGGACCUAAAGGCCUGUGCGCAGAGCGCCUACUUGCCAGCGCUGGGCGCUAUCCGACUGGCGCAGCAACCUCCGAAGGGUCAGGGAAGCGGCCGGU